GGCACCUGCUAGCUGAUACGUACCUGGUGGCGCACUGGCCUGAGACAUGCCCACCACUUUAGGUAAUCAGCCAGCUGUUACCCCUGCAGCAAAUGAAUCUGGAGAGGAGCUCCGCCAGAACUACAAUUGAGGACACCUUUUUGUUUGAACCACCAAAUCGACGACGACUUCUGCCGCAACCUUCAAUUCCCUGUCACGUCCUCAACGUCGUCAGGUGUGCCUCCGCACAAAACACUAGAAGGUCGCAUCCUCUUGACAAGGCCUCUGUGCAGAAUCGGCACCAUGCGUUGGUCCUCUCUCCUGCUCCCCCUCGCCCUUCCCUUUGUCGCCCACGCUGCCAAGAAGUCGUCCUCCGUCGACCGGUUCGGUGAUUUCUACACCAAAUCGCAGGCCUCGUCCCCGUUGAAGCUUGCCGACGCAUCCUACAAGAAGCUUACCUCGGCGCCGCGGGACUACUCGGCUGCCGUGCUCUUGACGGCUUUGGAUGCGCGCUAUGCUUGUCAGCUCUGCACCGAGUUCCACCCGGAGUGGGAUAUACUAGCUAAGAGCUGGGCCAAGGGCGACAAGAAUGGCGACUCUCGUUUGCUAUUCGGAACCCUUGACUUCACCAAUGGGAGGGACACAUUCUUAUCCCUUGGCCUUCAAACCGCCCCCGUGCUCCUCCUGUUCCAACCCACUACCGGCCCGCACGCCGUCGCGGUGCCCGAUCCGAUCCGCUACGACUUCAGCGGCCCGCAAACCGCCGAGAACGUUCAUGCCUGGCUGGCCCGCCACCUCCCCGAUCGACCCCACCCGCCGAUUCACCGACCGGUCGACUACGUCUCAUGGGUGGUGACCAUCGUCGGCGUCCUUGGCGCUCUUGCUGCUAUCUCGAGGGCCUGGGCGUACAUCCUACCCGUCAUCCAGAACAGCAAUGUCUGGGCGGCUGGAAGCUUGAUUGCCAUUCUCCUAUUCACGAGCGGCUACAUGUUCAACAAUAUACGCAAGGUGCCGUACGUGACGGGUGACGGGCGCGGCGGCAUCUCGUACUUCGCUCCCGGAUUCCAGAGCCAAUUCGGACUCGAAACGCAGAUCAUCGGCUUCUUGUAUGGCGUUCUCUCCUUUUCCAUCAUAUUCUUAACCGUUAAGGCGCCCAAGAUACGAGAUGUCAAGGUCCAGCAAGUCACGAUUAUUAUCUGGGGCGUCGUCAUGGUGUUGACGUACAGCUUCUUGCUCUCCCUCUUCCGGGUGAAGAACGGUGGCUACCCCUUUAAGCUACCGCCUUUCAUGUAGACGUAGUCCUCACGUUGUCGAGGAGCGAUAUUCGGAGUGAUGGAUGGCUGCUGCUGCCACGAAUUGCCGACUCCGUGUCAUGCAUAUAGAGGCGGUAGGACAGGGUACAGUGGGCUCGGCCCAAUUAGACACGAGGCUAGGGACCUGGACGACGAACAAUAGAAAUGAAGAAAGGAAAUUCCGCCAAGUCUUGUGCAUAUUGAAAACACAUGCGUAUGCUGUGUACUCUCUCUGACCAUGACAAGUUGGCUCAAGUUUGGGUCCUUUUUAAGGAUUCGGAACAGGUUCCCCCCCCGUUCCCCCCUGGAGUUAAAGACGAGUUGCAGAGACGGCUGUCAAACUUCCGCUCUCUAAAAAGUCUAGCGAAAUAUUGUUGUCGAGGACACGCAGGGCCCGUCCUAUGGAUAUGCUGUCUCGGGUAUGGGAAUCGGGGCUCGAGUGGAUUUGUUAUAGAUAACGGGUAGAAGCAAAUAAAAGGGAAGCAGGUAUGGAUUUGAUGGAUCUAGCGCAGAUAUCGGAACGCGCAACUCAUUACGUAGUAUUAUUAUUGGAUCGGUUGAGCGAGUUACCUCUUACUACGAGUACUAAGUGGUUGUUGUCUUGCCG